GUCACCUGUUGAGGACAUCUAAACUUGUUCACCUGAGCCCGCGGAGUCUUCACUCCUGGAAGCUUCCGGAGCACGGCGUUUGCUUUCACGGGUCGAAAGAGAACACAUAAUGGACAAACUGAAGAAAGUGCUGAGUGGUGAAGAUGGCGGUAACGCGGACGGUGCUGGUAUACUGGAGCGAGCCAAUGAGGCAUCAACUCUGGCCUGGCGGACCAGGAUGAAAGGCUUCCUGAUCUGUUUCACUUUGGGUAUGCUGUGCUCCAUUCUGGGCACGUGUAUGCUGUGGUUGCCACUGUUUGGUCUUGCAGUUUUUGCUGUCCUCUACAGUGUGGGAAACAUCUGUGCUUUGGCCAGCACCAUGUUCCUGGUAGGACCGCUCAGGCAGUUGAAGAGCAUGUGCGCGAAAGAACGAGCGUUUGCCACCAUCAUUAUGCUGGUGUGUCUGGCUCUGACUUUGUGUUCAGCUUUCUGGUGGAAGAGCAAUGGUCUUGCACUGCUCUUCUGUGUCUUGCAGUUACUGGCUUUCACCUGGUAUGGCCUUUCAUACGUGCCCUUCGCCAGAGACGGCAUCAUCAAAUUAUGUUCCCUCUGCUUCUAAACGUCCGAGUGCCCAUUCCGGGUGCUGCAAGUCGUCAGGGCAGGUGUCAGGUGUGGUUUCCAUGGUGAUCGGUCAUCUCUGCAUGUGUUUAGUCGUCUACCUUUUAAUGUAAUUUUUCCAGAUUUUUAUUUAUUACAGAAGAGUUAUGACAUUUCACAUUUUUAAUGGUGUCAUUAUUGAUAUUAAUACCUAGCUCAUGUUGAAAAAUAUCUCAUCACUGGUAAGAAUAUUCAGGCAGCUAUUUGGAGGUCAAAAUGUGUAUAUAUAAUAUUUUAGAAGAAAAAGCUGGACUGAUAUAACCGAUACGAUGCUACAGCAAGUGUGGCUGCAGGCUCUGUGCCUUCAUUCUGCUCGUAAAUGUCCUAAUAUUUCAGAGCGUUGUUACAGCUUUUUGAGUAAACAUUUCUGUCUAAAAACAUUUCAAGAAUUUACAAAAAUGUGAUGGUCAUAGAAUCAUUGUAAGUCUGUGUCUGACCAGACAACAAAUAAACAAACAGCAGCAUUUCCAUAUUUAAUAAAACACUCAAGCUGAUCAGUUUCUUGGUCAAAUAUCCUGGUCUCCUUGUUGUUGUUGGUGUCUCACCUGCUGAUAUUUACCCGCCGCCUUUGUUCACACUGUCUUUACGCCUGAUGACAGGCUAAAACCAGUA